CUGUGCGUGUGUGUGUGUGAAAUGAAGAAGGGUCAUUGUUGAUAGAUAUGUAUCUAUAAAUCUCAGGCAGAGAAACAUAAAUAUUCACAUAUAUAUAUAUAUAUAGAGAGAGAGAGAGAGAGAAAGGAGAAAGAGAGGCAAUCAUGAGUUUGAUGGUAGCUGAAUGUGUUUGGGACUGAGUGCAUAUUCCAUCUCUCUGCUUAAUUGCCCUGCAACCACCUCCCUUUAAUUCCCCAGCAACUCUUCUUCACUCCCUUACUCUUCUCUGUGUGUGUGUGUGUGUGUGAGAGAGAGAGAGAGAGAGAGGUAUUAGGUGUAUAUAUAUAUUAUAUAUAUUAUGAUGAGGAGAUGGAAUUGAAUAGAGGUCAUUGUCGAAGCCUGCUUUCUUGCUGGCCUGUUUUGGGGUGGGCUUAUUAUUAAGAGAAGGUGUAGAGUGUGGAACUUGUCUUACCCACCCACUAAUGGUGUGAGAGUGUGUGUGUGUGUGUGUGUGUGUGUUUUGUUCUCUUUUUUUGGCACUGAAUGAAAUGGGCAGUGUUGGGAAGAUUAAGGGGUUUUCAAUUUCAUCACCAUCAUCAACAGCAGCAGCUCUUGUGUUAUUUCCUCUUGUGUUUCUUGCACAAGAAUCCAUAGCCACUUCCGCUUCGAAUUCCUUAAACUACACUAACUUCAGACCACAAAUCAGCAGCUUGAGACUGGCCAGGAUUCAGAGGCAUUUGGACGGGAUCAACAAACCUCCUGUCCUCACCAUUCAGAGCCCCGAUGGAGAUAUCAUAGAUUGUGUUCAUAGAAGAAAGCAGCCAGCUUUAGAUCAUCCUCUUCUCAAGAAUCACAAGAUCCAGAGAGUUCCAUCAGCAAUGCCAAAGGCAAUGAGAAUGGUGAAGACAGAUGCCGCAAAAGACAAAGCCAACAGCAGCGGCGGCGGAUCCAAAGGGGUCCGGCAAACAUGGCAUCAAGAUGGGCGGCGCUGCCCCAAGGGCACCGUGCCGAUACGGCGGAGCACCGUGCAUGAUGUGCUCAGGGCUAAAUCUUUGUACGAUUUCGGCAAGAAGAAGUCCAGGUACACGCCGCCGGCGGCAGGCCGCCGUCCAGAAGCCCCUGAUGUUGUCAGCGGCAAUGGCCAUGAGCACGCGAUAGCAUACACGACGGGAUCGGGGGAAGUGUACGGGGCAAAAGCGACAAUAAACGUGUGGGACCCACGGAUAGAAGUGGUGAAUGAGUUCAGUCUCUCUCAGAUUUGGGUUCUCUCCGGCUCCUUUGAUGGCUCUGACCUCAACAGCAUUGAAGCUGGUUGGCAGGUUAGUCCGGAGCUGUAUGGUGACAGCACCCCAAGAUUAUUCACCUACUGGACGAGCGAUGCAUACCAAGCGACGGGAUGCUACAACCUUUUGUGUUCAGGAUUUGUGCAGACAACCAACGAAAUAGCGAUUGGAGCUGCCAUUUCACCGUUAUCGUCGUUCGAUGGCAAUCAAUACGACAUCACCAUCCUAAUAUGGAAGGACCCAAACUUGGGGAAUUGGUGGAUGGGCUUUGGUGAAAACACCCUAGUGGGCUAUUGGCCCACUGAGAUUUUCAGCCACUUAGCGGACCGGGCCACGAUGGUCGAGUGGGGCGGUGAGGUCGUUAACUCUCGAGCUAACGGCCAUCACACCUCGACACAGAUGGGCUCAGGCCAUUUUCCCGAAGAGGGGUUCGCCAAGGCCAGCUACUUCCGGAACCUAGAGAUCGUCGACUCGGACAACAGCCUCAGCUCAGCCCAUGACAUAUCAACCUUGGCUGAGAACACAAACUGUUACAACAUCAAGAGCUCCUACAACAAUGAAUGGGGAACCCAUUUUUACUAUGGUGGGCCUGGGAAAAGCCCACAGUGCCCUUGAAAAGCCCAUCUUAGGCCCAAUUGCUAUAUUCUUUGGUUAGGGUGUAGAAAUAUAUGCUAUUUCCAAUCAUGUUUUUUGCUAAUUUUCCAUAUUGGUUUUCAUGUUUUGUGUGUGUUGGGGGAAGGAAUUGUAUGGUUAAAUAAGCAUCAAACAGGUGUGGAAAUAGCUAACAUUCUAUUGGAAGAAGAAAAAAAAAGAAGUAAUUAUUAGUAGUUUGUAUUGUAAUUCUACAUUUGUUACUAUUAAGAUUAAUCUUUUUUGGUUAA